AUGACGAGAUACGCGUCUUUGGACCACUGGGAGGAGCGCUACAAGAAGGACCCUGAACCCUUCGACUGGUUUAACAAAUAUGCAGCUCUUAAACCCUUUCUUCUUUCCGCGGGCCUCGAAGAAAGCCACGAAAUCCUCAUGCUCGGAUGCGGCACAUCCACAAUGAGCGAAAGCCUCUGGGACGACGGCUUCCGCAACAUCACCAACAUCGACUUCUCCUCGCAGUGUAUAAACAUCAUGCAGCAAAGAUGCGCAGACAAACCCGGCAUGACUUGGUUUGCAGCAGCAGCAGCUGCGGCAGCAGCAACUGCAGCAGCAGCAACUGCAGCAGCAGCAGCAGCAGCAGCAAGCUUGCUUGUGUCUUUUGCUGCUGCAGUUACUGUUUUGAAUGUGCUGGAGUUGGACCAGCUGGAGAGGCGAGGGUUUGACUUUGUUAUAGAUAAGGGGACUUUGGACUGCAUCCUAUGCGGCGAGAAGUCAUUUGAAAACGUCAACAAAGCCCUCACCCUCAUAUCUCAGAUCCUCAAGCCCGGAGGCGUCUACAUGAUGAUUUCUUACGGCUCUCCCAUGUUCCGUCUAAACCAUUUGCAAAGAAAAGAAUUUGAGUGGACUGUUGAUCUCCAAACCCUCGAAAAACCCUCUCUAAACACCCCAGCUGAAGUGGAGGAGAAAUCCAACGUGCAUUACAUUUACAUCUGCAAGAAGGAACAGGGCCAAGAGUGCGUCUGGACUGUCUGCGCAGCCGCCAACUGA